AUGUCACUGUCUAAUUAUGCCAGUGGACUUAAAAUUGAGGCCAAAACACGUUAUUUGGAAAAGUUACAAAUGUUUAACAGUGAUUGUCCAUAUUUUAUUCCUAACUCUCUGUGGAAACACGGUUUAGACUGUUGUCCAAUUGUUCCAAAAAUUGCUCCCUCAGAUAUCUUCAUAUAUCUUGUUCUCAGUGACUACGACUUGAGUGUCCUUCGUGUCUGUUACCCUCAGAUUCUGCCUCCUGAAAUUUACAACAUUUUAUGGGAUAAAAUUCUUCGUGCCUGUUACCAUACACUACUUGACGGAUUUUCCGCUGUAAGAAAAUGCACGAACGAAGGUCGUGCACUAAUGCAGUUAGACUUCAGGCAUUUUCAAGUCAAAGUGGAAAGCUUGACACGUCUAAGACCUCUUCCUGACCCACAUAUUGUCGAAACAUACAUAAAGGCAUAUUAUUUACCUGAAAAUUCUUUGGAAAAAUGGAUUCAAGAACAAACGGAAUAUACUCCUAGGCAGAUGAUGAAUCUUCUUCAAUGCGUAAGUCAAGGCAGUAAAAAGAUUCGGCUGAACUUAACUUCCUUCAUGGAAGAUUUAGAUUUGAAUCGUCGAUAAAGCUCUUUGUUAUGAUUCAAGUGAUGAAAUUUUUGUAAAUUGAGAAAUAUACAUGACAUUCCAUUA